UGUCGUGAACGUGCUGCCGCCGAUCGGAGACACUGAGUGCCCCAGAGUCGGAGUUAUUUCUAGGAGCGUACUUGGUGGGGUCAGGAUAAACAUUAGCCACAAAAGGCUACAAAACAAGAUAAAUUGCUCUUUCCACAUUAAAGAAAACCAAGAUCCAUGAGUGGGCAUCGGUCAACAAGGAAACGAUGUGGAGAUUCUCACCCGGAGUCCCCCAUGGGCUUCGGGCAUAUGAGUACUACGGGGUGUGUAUUUAAUAAAUUGUUUCAGUUACCUACACCACCAUUGUCAAGACACCAGCUAAAGCGGCUAGAAGAACAUAGAUACCAGAGUGCUGGACGGUCCCUGCUUGAGCCCUUAAUGCAGGGGUAUUGGGAAUGGUUAGUUGGAAGAGUUCCCUCCUGGAUUGCCCCAAAUCUCAUCACCAUCAUUGGACUAUUGAUAAACAUCUGUACAACUGUUUUAUUAGUCUUCUACUGCCCUACAGCUACAGAGCAGGCACCUCUCUGGGCAUAUGUUGCUUGUGCAUGUGGCCUUUUCAUUUACCAGUCUUUGGAUGCUAUAGAUGGGAAACAAGCAAGAAGAACCAAUAGUAGUUCUCCUUUAGGAGAACUUUUUGAUCAUGGUUGUGAUUCGCUAUCAACAGUUUUUGUGGUUCUUGGGACUUGCAUUGCAGUGCAACUUGGGACAAAUCCUGAUUGGAUGUUUUUUUGUUGUUUUGCUGGCACAUUCAUGUUUUAUUGUGCUCACUGGCAAACGUACGUUUCUGGAACAUUACGGUUUGGAAUAUUCGAUGUUACAGAGUCCCAGAUCAUAAUUAUAAUAUGCCAGCUUCUCACAGGAACCCUGGGGCCUUGGUUCUGGAACUUCACGAUUCCAGUGCUGAAUAUUGAAAUGAAACUUUUUCCUGCACUCUGUACUGUAGCAGGGACCGUAUUUUCCUGUACAAAUUACUUCCGUGUAAUCUUCACAGGUGGUGUUGGCAAAAAUGGAUCAACAAUAGCAGGAACAAGUGUACUCUCUCCUUUUCUCCAUAUUGGAUCAGUGAUUACAUUAGCUGUAAUGAUCUACAAGAAAUCAGCAGUUCAGCUUUUUGAAAAGCAUCCCUGUCUUUAUAUACUGACAUUUGGUUUUGUAUCAGCUAAAAUCACAAAUAAGCUUGUGGUUGCACAUAUGACAAAAAGUGAAAUGCAUUUGCAUGAUACAGCAUUCAUUGGCCCAGCACUUUUGUUUCUGGACCAGUAUUUUAACAGCUUUAUCGAUGAGUAUAUUGUACUUUGGAUUGCUCUGGUUUUCUCUUUCUUUGAUUUGAUUCGCUACUGUGUCAGUGUUUGUAAUCAAAUUGCAUCUCACCUGCACAUACAUGUCUUCAGAAUCAAGGUCUCUACAGGUCAUUCUAAUCAUCAUUAAUGAUGUAGUGGUGUUAUAUAGGAAACUCACGUUUUCUGCAGGAAAGAAUCUGAACAUAUUAAGGAGAAUGGGGGUGGGUGAGAACAAAUAUAAUUUAUAAUAAUCAAUGUUGUAUAACUUUCAUUCUUUGUUAUUGGUAACACUCCCUAACCUGUGUGAGAAUGGGAAUUUGAAGUCCCGUCCGGUAAAUUAUACAUGUGGUCAUACAGCAUUUGGCCCAAGAAAGCAUGCAGGAAAAAAAUGCCAUGUGUUUGUUAAUUAUCCUGGUUUCAAAAUAAUAUUGUCAUGUGGAGCAGGUCUCAAAUGGUGGCGAUUUCUAAUGUAGAAUAUUUACAGGCCAAAAGAUGGUUGCUUUAUACUUUUAACAAAUCAUUAUCUUUUAGUAACAUCCUUGUUUAGUGUCUUCUCAAGCUUUCUUUACUAAGGAGUUCAGCUUGUGACAGAUACAUCCCACAAGCUUGUGAGGUGCAGUGAGUGAGAAAGACCUUGAAUUUGGAUUGAAAGGUUUUCUAUCUUUACAUUAUUGAGAGGAAAAAAAAAAUUUUUAUCAUUGCUCAAGAAAUGGUAUCUCUCAUGGGCUUGGGAAAUUCUGUUAGCAUGCAUUAUAUGAUAACUUUGUCGAUCCACUUUAUUUUUUUAAAUAAACAUAUGAUCUAAAAACCA